GAAGCUCUUAGCGGUCAUCUCCGCAGUGUGAGCGAUGGAGCUCUCCAACAGCUCCAGGACUAUAUUCUGUUUCCCCUCAGAUUUGUCCUCAAAACCCCUGGCUCAAAGCGGGAGGGACUCAUCCAGGCGGUGAUGGAAGCCUUGACGUAUGUGCUGGAGAACACUUGCGUUCAGAGUUGGGAUUCUCUGCGAGAUCUGUUCUCGGAGCUGUGCCUUUGUCUGUGUUCCCCAAAAGACCCGGGAAAACCCGCCACAACCUCUGAGGAACUGAAGUUGGCUGUCCUUAGAUGCCUGGACACCCUUAUGCACUCUGCCUACGGUGACAUUGUUUUUAAACUCUACGAGCCAAGCAUGUUGCCUGGACUUGGAGCCGCCGUUUCACUACUUCUGGCAUUAGCAGAGCACGAAAAGGCUAGAGGAGUUCAAACGGCUUCCCUUAAAUGUCUCCUUUCUUUGUUUCAGCAGUGCGACUGCGUAGAGGAACACAUUGAGCCAGGACGGGACGAGAGGUAUCUGCUUGGACGCACCUUGGCCACUUUUUUACCUGGGAUUUCUCGAGCCCUGAGUCUCGUAAUAAGUGGAGAUGUAAGACAAGGCCAUACAGUUACAGUGAAGGCCAUGAGGGUUUGGUACAAAGCAGUAGGUCUGGUAAUGGCCGAUGAGCAGCUUCAGAAAACAGACAAUGAUGUGGCAGCUGGAGAUCUAGGGCCGGUUGAGAAGCUUGUUGUAAAGAGAAGUCCAUCCUGGUGCAAAACCACAUCCCAGCGCCUUGCUUUGGUCUUACAGAAGAUCAUUUCUUGCACAUCUGCCCACCCGCACUGGAGAGUCAGACUUGAGUUGGUCAGUCUAUCCCAUUUUCUUCUUUCUCAGUGUAGCCAGUCUGUGGGUGAAUGUGUCGGUCCUCUUCUGGAAGCAUUGGUAGGUGCUGUUAACGAUGAGGAGCCUGAGGUUAAGCACAGGUGCAGUGCGGCAUUAGAUGAGGUGGCACAAAUGGGUCAAACCAAUGGCAGACAGGACUUUACUGAUAUUCUAUCUGAAAACCUCCACAGCUUGGCAUCAGAGAGAACUCUGAUGUCUUCGACAGACUUGAGACCUGACUUGCACCAAAUCCCAUCCCAGCGGAAAUACUUCCUCUACUUCACAGACGACAAGAUAUUCUCAGCACUCAGGAAGAUCUGCCGCAUGUUGGGAUACUACGGAAACCUCUACCUUCUUGUUGACCGCUUCAUGGAAUUGUACAGGGAGUCUUCGGUUUACAGAAAGCAAGCUGCUUUGGUCCUCAACGAGGUCAUUGUCGGUGCUGCAGGCAUUGGCGUAGAAAUGGACACUUCUAGGAUCGAUUGUUCAGGAACAAACCAGUCUAGAACAAAUCAAGAAGACUUGAAAUCUUCAGUCAUGUCCAUCAUCGAGGAGUACAUCAGUUUGAGUAACUGGCAUCUCCCUACGGUCUCCGAAGCCUUGGAAGGGAAACUUGAGUCUACAACCUCCUUGGUGUCCAAUAGUCCAGAACGAAACUGUUUGCAGUUGCUUCCAGCAUCCAAAACUCCAACGCUUCACCAACUCAACGGCAACAUCUGGCAAAUCUGUAUCCAGUUGGAGGGCAUCGGGGGCUUUGCACUGGCAUUAGGCACCAAUUUCCAUCUGCUUCUGAUGACGACGCUAUACCCUGUGCUGGAGAAGGCCGGGGACGAGUCGCUUCUUGUCAGCCAAGCGGCUUUUAGCGCCAUGUGCGACAUCUGCAAGGCUUGCGAUUACAGUUCACCUAAGGAGCUUGUCAUCAAGAACUCCGACUACCUUCUCAAUGACAUUUCUCUAAACCUAGCCAGACCCAGCAUUCACCCUCAUGCUCCGCGAGUUCUUGCGGUCAUGUUCACUCACUCAGAUGCCAGUCUGCUGCCUCUAGUGGCCGAUGUGGUGCAGGAUGUGUUAACAGCACUUGAUCUCAGCUAUGACCAGAGAGCGCCACAGUUCUGUAGUGUGCUACACUCACUCAUGAAAGCACUCGUGAGAUGGUUUCCCGCUACUAUGGGACGCCAGAAGACACCCAGCAAAGAGACCCAGAAUAAAGAGUGUGUGAACUUGAGGCAGUUUCUCCUGGACUAUAAGAAGCAGAAGGAGCUUGCUGAAGGCAUUAAAGUAGAGGAGGAAGAUCCUAAUGAUUUAGGUUUGUAAUUUACAUUCAUGUUUGGUUAAAUG